GAAAGUGAUCCGCGGCGGCGGCGCUGCGCUGUGGCGGGGCCCUCGCCGGUAUAAAAGCGCCGCGGCCCUCUGGGACAGCAACACUCGCCAACCACACACACAGCUCAAGGGUCGGAGAUGGCGAGGUUGCAGGUGCUAUACGUCCUCGCGGUGUCACUAGCGGUGCUGGUGGCAGCCGCAGAGGAGAAGAAGGCGGCGUCGUCGGCGUCGUCGGAGGAGCGGAAGGACGCCAAGGCGCAGCCGGUGAAGCGCGGCCUCCUGGGGCUGGGCUACGGCCUCGGCGGCUACGGCUCGCAGGUGGCCGACGCCCUCGUCCUGGGCGGACAGUCGCUGCCCGCCUUUGGGGGCGGCCUCGGCGGUGGCUUCGGGGGCGGCGCCAUCGGCGGCGGUCUGAUCGGAGGCGGCUACGGCGGCGGCUACGGAGGCGGCUACGGCGGCGGCGGCGGCGGCGGCGGCGGCUACGCCCGCUACGGCGAGCACGUCAAGACCGUGGUCAAGGUGCCGGUGCCCGUCGACCGGCCGUACCCGGUCCACGUGAAAGUCCCCGUGCCGCAGCCCUACCCGGUGGAGAAGCGCGUCGAAGUGCCCGUGCCGCACCCGGUGCCCGUGCACGUCAAGGUGCCCUACCCGGUGGAGAAGCGCGUCGAGGUCCGAGUGCCCUACCCGGUGCAGGUUCCCGUCGACAGGCCCUACCCCGUCCACGUCAAAGUCCCAGUGCCGCAGCCGUACCCAGUGGAGAAGAGAGUCGAAGUCCCGGUGCCGCAGCCCUACCCUGUAGAAGUCAAGGUGCCCGUCGACCGUCCUUACCCAGUUCACGUUCCGGUGGAGAAGCGUGUCGAGGUGCCCGUUCCCGUUCACAUCAAGGUCCCUGUCCCACAGCCCUACCCAGUCGAAGUCAAGGUACCUGUAGACAGACCCUACCCAGUUCACGUCAAGGUACCAGUACCUCAGCCCUACCCCGUCGAGAAGCCGGUACCCGUCCCAGUACCUCAACCCUACCCUGUCCACGUCAAAGUACCGGUUCCUCAGCCGUACCCGGUGGAGAAGCGUGUCGAAGUACCUGUCGACAGGCCGUACCCCGUCCACGUGAAGGUUCCCGUGCCUCAGCCGUACCCUGUCGAAGUGAAGGUGCCGGUACCGCAGCCCUACCCAGUGGAGAAGCGCGUGGAGGUUCCCGUACCGCACCCCGUCCCCGUGCAAGUCCCCGUCGACAGGCCGGUCCCCGUGCCUCAGCCCUACCCGGUCCACGUCAAGGUUCCGGUCGACAGGCCCUACCCGGUGCCUCAGCCCUACCCAGUUCACGUCAAGGUUCCCGUCGACAGGCCCUACCCGGUGCCCGUGAAGGUGCCCGUCCCACAACCGUACCCGGUGGAGAAGCGCGUCGAAGUUCCGGUUAAGGUGCCGGUGCCUCAGCCGUACCCAGUGGAGGUCAAAGUACCUGUCGACAGGCCUUAUCCCGUAGAAGUCAAGGUGCCGUACCCAGUGGAGAAGCGCGUUGAGGUCCCAGUUCAAGUGCCGGUCCCACAGCCGUACCCAGUCGAAAAGAGGGUCGAAGUUCCGGUGAAGGUGCCCGUGCCUCAGCCGUACCCAGUCGAAGUGAAGGUCCCCGUGCAGGUGCCCGUGCCCCAGCCCUACCCCGUCCACGUCAAAGUCCCCGUGGACCGUCCCGUCGCCGUGCCCCACCCCUACCCCGUGAAGGUGCCCGUCGACCGCCCCUACCCCGUCAAAGUGCCCUUCCCCGUGCCAGUACACCAGCCUCACCCUAGCUACGGAUACGGAUACGGGGUGAACGCCGGCUGGAAGAAGUAAACAUCGGCAGCUAGGCGCAGCUAACCGGGGCAGAUAUCUGGACAUAAACAGUGCGACACUGGAGCGCCACCUUCGCACGGAGGGACGUCCGAAGACCACCGGGGACAAAGGCGGACACGCCGACCGGAAGAGCUGCCACUCCGCUGUCUGCAGUCCUGGAAGACGACGGUAGAACGCAGCGUUCGCCUAGAAAAGAAGCACGGAAGAGCUCCACAGCCAGAGACACACCACGCUCUGGCUGACGCUUCUAGUGUUCCCCACCACACCCUCGAGCGUUGCUGUCUGACAUGGAAGCCCCUGGACAACACAGGUUCUUCCGAGUCUUCCAGGAGGCGGCAGAGCGGUGCCGGCCGCUCGGGACCCCGUCCCUUCCCGUCCUCCAGUGUGGACGGGCGCAGCUUCAGCGUCGCGCAGUGGUCUUCUUCGCCCUGAAGACUGCGGCGCUCCGGCGCGCCGAAACGUUGUACAGCACAUCUCAUCCCUCACGUCCUCCUCGUCGCCGACGACACCCCUCAUGGAUGCGCCUUCUUCUCCUUUUUUUACUUCUGUUUUCGGUUUAUUUGUAAGUAUGUAUAGCCAUUGCAUCGUAACAGCCAUCACUUCCAUAUGUGUGUGUUUUAUACGUGUCUUUCGCGUCAUGUCUCAUUUUUCCUUUUUUAUACUGAAAUAUAGUAAAGUCAUUUUUGUAAAAGUAAA